AUGAUGGUUUUGGUUUGCUUCUGAACAGACAGCUGUUGACACAUGUUUGUGAUUCUUGUGGUUAUUCCUUUUUAACACCGUCGUUCAGAAAGUGAAAGUAAAGUUUCAAUUGCUGGAGCUCAAACAGUGAAAAUGUCUUCAUCAGCUGAAUAUGACUAUAAUUGUCCCGUGUGCUGUAAAAUCUUCAAGACUCCUGUUCUUUUAUCAUGUAGUCACAGUGUCUGUAAAGAGUGUCUUCAACAGUUCUGGAGAACCAAGAAAACUCAGGAGUGUCCUGUCUGCAGGAGAAGAUCCUCAAAAGAAAAUCCUCCAUUAUUUCUAGCAUUACAAAACUUGUGUGAGUCGUUCUUGAAGCAGAGAAAUGAGAGGCGUUCAUCAGGAUCUGAGGAGAUCUGCAGUUUACACAGUGAGAAACUCAAACUCUUCUGUGUGGAGGACAAACAGCCUGUGUGUGUAGUGUGCAGAGAUUCAAAACAACACGACAAUCAUGAAUUCAGACCAAUAAGUGAAGUGGUUUCAUCAUAUAAGGAGGAGAUCAAUACAGCACUGAAGUCCUUACAGGAGAAACUUAAAAAGAGAACAAAAAUGAAAGGAGAUUUUGAGAAAACAGUUCAAUACAUAAAGUCUCAAGCUGAGCACACAGAGCGUCAGAUUAAACAACAGUUUGAGAAGCUUCAUCAGUUUCUCAGAGAUGAAGAAGAAGCUACAAUCACUGCACUGAGAAAGGAAGAGGAGCAGAAGAAGCAGAUGAUAAAGGAGAAGCUGGAGAAGAUGAACAGAUGCAUCUCAGCUCUUUCACACACAAUCAAAGACAUGGAGAAGAUGAUGAAAGCCAAUGACAUCUGCUUUCUAAAGGAGUUUCCAGUCACAAUGAAAAGAGUCCAGAUCUCACAGCCGGAUCCACAGACGCCUUCUGGAGCUUUGAUUCAUGUGCCACGUUACUUGGGCAACCUGCCGUUCAGAGUCUGGAAGAAGAUGCAGGACAUUGUCCAAAACACUCCUGUGAUUCUGGAUCCAAACACUGCAUAUCCACGUCUUGCCCUGUCUGAUGAUCUGACCAGUGUGAGAUACAGCGAGAACUAUCAACCGCUUCCUGAUAAUCCAGAGAGAUUUGACAUCUUUCCAUGUGUUCUGGGUUCAGAGGGUUUUAACUCAGGAACACACUGCUGGGAUGUGGAGGUUAAAGAGAGUUCGUUGUGGGUUCUUGGAGUAAUUACAGCAUCAAACCAAAGGAAGGGAUUGGAAUUCUCUGACACUGCUGCCUGGUUUGUGCAGUACGGAUUGUCUGAAGAGUUUGGUUUUCGUGUUAAACAGAAGCUUGAGUGUGUGAGAGUUGAUCUGGACUAUGACAGAGGAACGGUGUCAUUCUCUGAUCCUGUAACUAACACACAUCUACACACAUUCACAACCACCUUCACUCGCACAGUCUUUCCAUUAUUUUGUUGUUACUCUCUGAGGAUCUUACCGUUCAAUUGUCAAUCACAAUCUCUUACUCAACCAUCUUGAAACUUUCUUUGGUGUUUGAGAGACAGUUUUAACCUGGUUCAGAUCAUAUCUCUCUGAUCGUCGACAGUUUGUCUGUGGUCUUAGGUUCUACAGGUGUUCCUCAGGGCUCAAUUUUACUUUUUAGCAUUUAUAUAUUUCUCCUUGGAUUGAUUUUAAGAUCACUUGGGCUUAAAGGGUUAGUUCACCCAAAUAUGAAUAUUCUGUCAUAAAUUACUCACCCUCGUGCCGUUCCAAACCUGUAAGACCUUAAUUCAUAUAUACUAUAAAACUAUAAUAUAUACCAUUAAAUAUUUAGGGUACAACACAGCUAAAGGCACACCCUAAGAAAAAUGUGCUUUUCACUGUGCCCAAAGUGUAUGAUUGCAGAAAAAUAUAUACGUUUGAAUUGAACAUUUAUGGAGCAAAUUUUGUGUGAAAAUAAAUCAUACAAGUCAUUUAUUUUAUUUAAAAAUCUUAUAAAUGUAUGAGGUGGCACAUGGGGUA